AUGGCUAGCUCCUCUCACAAUCCUUCUAUUCUUUUGAGACGAAUUUUAACGUUAAAGGAGCCAACAGCGUUUGUUCUGUGUUUAGAUCGUCUGGAACAAUCUGCUAAUGCCAUCGGUCAGGAAUUUGCUCGCAAUAACAGUGACGCAGUUGUCAUUUAUGUGUCUUUUGAGACCCUGAACAAACCUGCGUAUGUAACACAUUUUUUGGAGGCGAAUGUGCAUAAUAUGUCCAAAUUAGCGUCGAAUCUGAUAACUUACUUGCCUGCGCAGCGCGACGAUCGGAAAAGCAUUGUCGUCCUCGACGCGCUGAACUAUGUCCCGAAUGAACACCUUUCUACGUUUAUCACAAGCAUAGCGUCAGUACCCACCGUUGUUGUGGGUACUUUCCACCGUGACAUGCCCGAACUCAGGUCCCCUGCGCUGGAAAACUACCCUUCAUCGCUUACACUUCUGCAAUUCAUCGCCACAACCAUAUUUGAUUGUCGGUCGCUCCCGCAACAACAUGCGAAUGCUGAAGAGCUGGAGUCUGAACUGGGUUGCUUCAGCAUCCCUAAAGGACUGAACGACCCUGUUUUCAAAAUCGUAUUGACGCAUCGUCGCAAGUCGGGACGUGCUUUAACCUACCAGUUUCGCUACAACUCUGACAAAGGGGAUUACCAAUAUACACAGUCCAGGGAGGAGGAAGAAACGGCGGAACAAGAAAACAUGUUCGAGGGCCUCACCACCUUCAAUCUCAAUACAUCCUCAAGACAAAAGCAGGCUAAAGAGCAGAUAGAGCUGCCAUUUUUGGAAGCUCAGAGAUUUAACACAGGAGGCGCCAUCGUUUACGAAUUCGAGAAAGACGAUGACUAUGAAGAAGAAGAUCCAUACGAGGAUCCCUUUUGA